AUGGCUGACAUAACGUAUUCGAGUGUGGACAACGAAGUAUCCGACAUUCUGAAUAAGUGUUUCGUUACCAGCUUUCGAAAUGGAUACAUUAAAGCUAACGAUGUCGUGCUACCCGUGUACUUCAAGAAGUUUGGACAGCGUAUCCAGGACAUGGACAUCAGGGACGAUGACAUUUGGGUCUGCAGCUAUCCAAAAACAGGAACCACGUGGUGCCAGGAGAUGACGUGGUGUAUUGCAAACGAUUUAGACUUCGAAGGUGCCAAACAAUUUCUGCCAGAAAGAUUUCCGUUUUUAGACCACACGCCACUAUUUGAUUAUGAAAAAGUGCUCCCGGAAAAACCAGACCUCAAGCUACCGUUGUACGUGUCCGAUUCGAUCGAGUUCAUAAAUGGAUUGAAAUCUCCGAGAUUUAUCAAGACUCAUUUACCUUACAAACUUCUGCCGAAAAAACUCAGAGAUCAAAGCACCAAAGCAAAAAUCGUUUACGUGGCCAGAAAUCCAAAAGACACUUGCCUUUCAUAUUUUCACCAUUGUUGUUUAUUGGAGGGAUAUACAGGAAAUUUUGAAGAUUUUUGUAAAUUGUUUACCUCCGAUUCCCUCUGUUUCAGCCCAUUUUUUGAUCACAUUCUUGGCUACUGGAACCGAAGAGACGAUUCGCAAGUACUUUUCUUGAAGUACGAAGACAUGAAACAGGACCUACGUGCGGUAAUUCGUCGAACAGCUCAGUUUUUGGGCAAAGAUUUGCUCGACGAUCAGGUGUUGGUUUUGGAAGAUCAUUUAAGUUUCGAAAGCAUGAAGAACAACAGAGCUGUCAAUUACGAGCCAGUUAUUGAGAUUAAUAAAACUCACAAUUUAAUUGAAGCCGAUGGAAGUUUUAUGAGAAGUGGUACAGUGGGAGGAGGAAAACAAAAAAUGUCACCGGAGUUUGUAAACAUUUUUGACGAAUGGGAAGAGAAAUGUCUGGGCAAAAGUGGAUUGAAGUUUUAA